AAUACGUUCAACGGCUCUAGUAGUUCAUUCAUAAACUGAUCUUCGAAUGUGUUUGAGUAUUGAAAAAAUAUAGUAUACGGAAAACAUAGUCGUACGUUUACGAUCGUAUGGUGAUCUAACAGUGUUUACAUAACUUCUAUGAAAACACGUGUCCACCAGUAAAUAUUGGAAAUGAUUAUGGACGGUUUAGACACUCUGUCGCAAGUUGCACUGGAUCAGAUUAACCUUACCAACUUGGCUAAUCUGUGUUUUGAUUGUGGAUCUGUACCGGGAGGGGGCCGACUGCCCUCAGAGUCUUUUGACGACUCUUUGAAUACGCCCGUGACUAGUAAUUCGGAUACAUUCUUUGGAAAUGAUCCUUUGGGGCCUGUGCCUAUAACUGCAACUGCAAAUAUUGAAGCCCAGAUUACGAUCCCGGAGAGAAAUUUCGGUGCAGUUCCAAGCACCCACCAGCAAACCCAGCCUACAGCUGACCAUGCCUGUCAACAGGGCAUCACCCAUCGCAUUCAGUACAAGGGGACUCUCGUUACCUCCUCAGUGACGCCCUCCACCACUACAGCGGACCAUCUCUUCCCCGUCAACGCCGGGCAGCCUAUCUUCGCUCCACUGUCGCCUUUACUUAGCAUUCUUACCCAAGCAACACAGGUGCAAGCAAACGUAGCCACCCCUGGGUCUCAGUGCCACAAUAUCCCGGACUAUUCCUCCUACCAAUGCCACCAACAGCAGCCACAGCAGCAACAGCAGCAGUCGUGCUUCAGCCCUGCUCCAUCCACUACUUCACAGCACUCACAGCAUUCCCACACAGGUUCCCCACAGCCUGACAUGGGAGUCCAUGACUGCGAUGCCUACUCCACUGGAUUUGGGUCCCCAGGGCCAUUGACCCCAAGUUCUACUCAUUCCACCCCGGAACCCCAGAUCCCAGUGUGCGAGUCUCUAUCGCUGGACUACACCAGUCCGCCUCCACCCUACUCUCGUGCAUUUGAAGCUCAAGUGAAACAGCCUCCAGUAUUCAGUUCAUGUUCUCAACAGCAGCCCAUGAUCAGUGAACAGCAAUCUAUGAACAUUAGUUACCCAGUGUCAUCUUCUAUGUCGAUGACACCACAGACUGUCCUUCAUUUCACAGACGACAUGCGCGCCGGUGAUAUGAACCAGAGUUCAGAAUUCAAAUGGACAGUGCAACCCACUCAAACUGGGUUACCAGACUUUAAUGCUCUAAAUGUUACACCAAACUACCAACAGCCGCAGUAUCAAGUUCCAAACAUAAAACAGGAACCAGGCAUUAGUGACUUAUCUAAUGAAUUUUUAAUUCCUUCUUCAUCCCAAGCCGACUACGGCAUGCCAUCUCAGAGUACCCCAUCGAAACAUUCGUUGCCUUCAUCCAUUCUUCAGCCCUACCAAGGAGGGCAACUCAAAUUGAUGCCAGUAAAGCCUAGAAAGUACCCAAAUCGCCCAAGUAAAACGCCUUUACAUGAGCGACCCUACGCAUGCCCAGUGGAGAGCUGCGACCGACGAUUUUCCAGAAGUGACGAACUCACACGUCACAUUCGUAUUCACACUGGACAGAAACCCUUUCAGUGUCGUAUCUGCAUGCGCCAAUUCAGUCGAAGUGACCAUCUAACAACACACGUGCGAACACACACGGGAGAGAAACCUUUCUCCUGCGAUGUGUGUGGACGAAAAUUUGCACGAAGUGACGAAAAGAAACGACAUGCAAAAGUACAUUUAAAACAGAAAAUGAAAAAGGAAGCAAAAAUGUUGGCUUCAAAUGCUCCUCUCCCUCCGGCUACCUCCACAAGCGACAUGAUCACGAAUAUUCUCCAAGGAAGUGUUAGCGGGCCUAGCACAACCUCAAUCCCUCACAUAGUAACGACGUCCUCGUUAUAAAAAGGACAGUGAAAAAAAAGACAGCUCAAAAAUACAUUUUUUCACUCUGUCUUCAGGGACUCCGGUGAUCAUAGAACUAUAAAUAGAUAUGACGUAAGGUUGUCCAUGUUUGAGCGCGAAAUUGAAAACGAGGUAAUUCGUUUUGAGCGCUUCAUAAGAUGGGAGAACUUUAAUACUGUUAUCAUUAUGUACAGACAAGCUUUAUUAUAGUCAUUUAAUUGUGUUGCCAAGUGUCAUUUUCAUAUUUUACAUAGUUGAUAUAUGUUGUUCCCGUUGUUCUGUUAUUACUGGCAGCAUAUCAGGUACUAGUGCUUAUGUUAAAACAUUUUUCGUUAUAUUUGUUGAUUUUUUUUUUCAUCCCCAAACAAAUUACAUUUCAGUAGAUCUGAACCCUCUAAUAGCUUUAUAAAUGGCAUUUUGUUAUAAAACUGUUUUUUCCCUCUCUUUGAAUUUCGAUGUCAAUUUUUAUACAGUUAACAAACUCGUAUUUUUUAUUUAUAUAUACCACCUUCUAUAUUAAAUAUAGUCAUGUACUGUCGAGUAAGGCUUUAAAAAAAUUCUUUAGCAAAGUUUAUGUGUACAUUGAUUUUGUUACGUUGUGAUAAAGUUUUAAUAUACAUGAGAUUGUGAGGAAGACAGGUACCAAAGUACUUGUAUAAUACUUUGUUGAAUUUGCCUUUUCAAAUUUCUUAUUUUUUAUUAUAUUUGAACAUUACAUGUUGUAUUUUCCAUAUUCUUGCUGGCUAAGAGUAAAAAGCAUGGUACUAUCAGUAACUGAUGGUUGACUGUUGAAUAAAUGAGUUAAAACUUAA